AUGGGCCGUAAAUUCGUAGUUGGUGGCAACUGGAAGAUGAACGGUGACAAGAAACAAGUCACAGAGAUUGUUGAGACACUUAAAAAGGGCCCUUUGGAUUCCAAUGUGGAGGUUGUAGUGGGUGUCCCCGCAAUUUACCUGGAGUAUGUCCAAAGCAUUGUUCCCAACACUAUCAAUGUUGCCGCACAAAACUGCUGGAAGUCACCAAAGGGUGCUUUCACUGGUGAAAUCUCUCCUGCUAUGAUUAAGGACAUUGGAGCCAACUGGGUCAUCCUUGGCCACUCUGAACGUAGAACCAUCUUCGGUGAGAAAGAUGAUCUUGUUGCAGAAAAAGUUGCCCAUGCUCUUGAGUCUGGACUGAAGGUUAUUGCUUGCAUCGGAGAGACACUUGAGGAAAGGGAAGCUGGAAAGACUGAAGAAGUUGUAUUCAGGCAGACUAAAGCCCUGUUGCCAGCUAUUGGAAGCAACUGGGACAAGGUUGUACUGGCUUAUGAGCCCGUCUGGGCUAUAGGCACUGGAAAGACUGCCACCCCACAACAGGCUCAAGAUGUGCAUGCUUCUCUACGUAACUGGUUGUCAGCGAAUGCUUCUGCUGAUGUUGCUAACUCUGUACGUAUUCAGUAUGGUGGGUCAGUGACUGCUGCCAAUGCUAAGGAGCUGGCUGCCUGCCCUGACAUUGAUGGCUUCCUCGUCGGCGGAGCCAGUCUCAAGCCAGAGUUUGUUGACAUUGUCAACGCCACCCAGUAA